UUUUGGUCCACUUGAAAGUUUUGCAGGACCUUGACCUCAGCAGGCUCUACUAGAGAUAUGGCUUGGUGUAAUAAAAGGCUUUGGAUACUUGUCACUACCUUGUGUGUCUUGCGGGAUGCUAGUGGAUAUGGAGUAUGGAGUAAAGGACCUUUUCAGGAUCAGGGCAGUGCAGAUGUCUCUGCUCCUCUGCCUCAAUUCCCAAAACCUGGCCUCUCAUCUGAUGGAUCCUAUUUUUCCAGAACCCUGACAGAUGGAGGGAGUCCCAGGGUUGUGUCUGCUCAAACUAGCACCAGCUCUAGUCUGACUACUGACAGUAGCCAGGAUUCUGGACUGUCUCAACCUGUUGAGCUACGCAGCCAAGUGCCCUCUUCUGUAGCUGUGCCUGCCAGUGGCUUUGUUGGCAACUACCAGCCUGUGUUCCAAAGUGAACGCCUUGGUGGCCCUGCACCUCAAUCCCAGCUACCUAGUUCCUCCACUGGCUUUAGGCAGAGUGUUCUUGGUGCUCCCCAACAAGGUGCUUUUCAACAGGGAUCUUUUGGCAGCCCUCAGUCUGUACCCAGUGUUCAGGGUUUCUCCAGGCAGUCUGUUGGUACAAGAAUGCAAACCACAUCUAGAAAUGAUGCCCUGACCCCUCCGCAACAAGGUGGCUUCUGGGCCCAAUCUUCAGGACAGUCAGGGAGACCCCAGCCAGCUAAUGUUGGUCCUUCACCUUUCCAACCUCAAAGGCUCUCAGAUCAACUUGCAUAUGCUUCUUCAGCUGGACAAGGAAGCAAGCCCCUGUCUCCUCCCCAGAAUUUAGGAGGUGGCUUGACAAGCUCUUCUCAAGGCAGUUAUGGUGCUACGUACUCCAGUGCCAGCUGGUAUAAUCCACAGGCAGUGAGCCAGAGUCGCCCAGGUCCCCUCACCCAGUUAAAGGCAAGGCUCUUUACUAGCCAAGGUGCCCCUGUAACAUCCAGCAGUGUAAGGCCUGCCAGUGAUCUUCCUCAGCGGACUGGAAGCCCUUACCUGACUGUGCCUUCUCAAGGUGCAACAACAUGGCAGGCUCCUAGCAGUUUCCAGCCUGGCUUUCAGAGUGCCCCUUCCCAGGUGCAGAGUGCCCCUAGUGGCCAAUAUGGAGCUCUAGUUUCAAGGUUUGAGCAGUACAGCCCAGCAAGUCAGACAUCUAGGGCCUAUGAGUUGUCUCGAGGGCUUUCCAGCACCUAUAGUGGUGUGCAGAGCCCGCCUGGCUUUACCCAACCAGGCUCUGUUGUGGGCUUCAUGCAACCCCAGCAAACCCCUGUGGCUGAGGUAGCAUCUGGUGGCUCCUCUGCUCCACUUUCACCAAGCUUCUACAGUGGCUCUCCAAGCCUAAGCUCAACUGGUGAUGCCUACAGUGCGGGCCUGAGUGACGUUUCCUAUUUCAGGCCUGCAUCACAAAGGGUUUCUGCCCAGCGUGAUUCCUCAGUCAAAGGUUGAGCAUCUACCUGAUGUUUGGCUCUCAAAUGCUGGUGUAGGUAAAUUGACCUUGUUUGUCCUGUUUGUUUACUAAAGUGAUCUAA